AUGCCGGCACCCGAUCGCAACCCUCCGUCGCCGGACCUCCAGCCCUCCAAGCGCCCCCGCCAAUCUUCCCCCGAAAGGGAUUCGCCGGCGUCGCUGCUCUCGGCCGGCGCGGCCUCCCCGACGGGCGACCACAUCCACAAUGGCCUGCUUGGACUCGCGGGCGGGGGAGGGGGAGGGGGAGGGGCAGGAGGAGGAGCAGGAACCGGCGGCAGUGGCGGCAGCGGUAGUGGUGUCGCGGGAAAGGCCGGACAGAGCAGCAGCUUCCGCAACGUGAGUGCGUGCAACCGGUGCCGGCUGCGCAAGAACCGCUGCGACCAGAAGCUGCCGAGCUGCGCGAGCUGCGAGAAGGCCGGCGUCGCCUGCGUCGGAUACGACCCCAUCACCAAGAGGGAGAUACCGCGGAGCUACAUCUUCUAUCUGGAAAAGCGGGUGGAGCAGCUCGAGGGGCUCCUCGCAACCAACAGCAUCACCUUCCCGCCUGCCCAAGACCUCGACUACUGCUCCAAGUCGGGCACCGGGCCGAGCACUGCCCAGUCGCCCGUCGAGACGGGGCAGUCGGUCUACUCGGAAGGAGCCUACGCCCCGAGCAGCGGAAGGGGGGAGAGUAAUGGGGAUGGCGGCGCCGGUAGGCUGCAGAGGAUAGCCUCGAAACCCGGCUCGUCCGCCGGUUCCGCGGGCGGUGCUAAUAACCGCUAUCUCGGCUCGACGUCGGGCAUAUCCUUUGCUCGCGUGGUGUUUGCCGCGGUGCAGUCGUCGGUUUCCGACCAGAAGUCGAACUCGGACAAGGGGGGCGUGCGGCCGUACAGACCCACCCCGGGUGGCAACAAUGGCGGUGCCGCCGCCGGUCCCGAUCCCGCCGGUGCUGGCCCCGGACCCGGCACUUCGAUGCGGGAUUCCUUUUUCGGCCUGCACACCAAGCCGACCAUCCACCCGGCGACGUUCCCCGACAGGGAGCUCGGGUUGCGGCUGGUCAGUCUGUACUUCGAGCACGCCAACCCGCAGAUACCGGUCCUGCACAAGGUCGAGUUCAAGGAAAUGUUCGAGCGGGCGUAUGCCGAUGAGGUGCGGGGCCGCGGGCCGCGCGAGCUGUACGUGUUGAACAUGGUGUUCGCGAUAGGGGCGGGCAUCAUCGUCGGCGAUUCCAAGGGGGAACCGCCGGCCGUCGAAUCCGCCGAGUCUUCGCCCGGAUCGAGGCAAUGCCAGCCGGAGGAGUACCAUGCCAGUGCGAUUGUCCAUCUUGAGGCGUGUCUUGGGAGCGGCGGCGGUCUGGAAGACUUGCAGGCGGUGCUGCUUUUGGCCAAUUUUGCGCUGCUGAGGCCCGUUCCUCCUGGGUUGUGGUACAUCAUUGGCGUGGCGGUUAGAUUGGCCGUCGACCUGGGACUGCACUAUGAGGAUGGCAAGGACCUUGACAGUGGUUUGGCCUCCCCGGCCGCUCAGCAGAAGGAGACGAUGGCCAAGGAGAAGGGGAGGCGGGAGUAUGUGCGCGAUCUGAGACGUCGGCUCUGGUGGUGUACCUACUCGUUUGACCGGCUGGUCAGUCUCUGCGUCGGCCGGCCCUUCGGUAUCUCGGACCAGGUCAUCACAACCGAGUUUCCGUCGCUACUAGAGGACCGAUACAUUACAACCAGCGGCAUUGUUCAACCACCUCCCGGGUCAGAGCUGCCGAGCUACAAGUUGGUUGCUCAUCACUACUUCCGGCUUAGGCUUUUACAGUCUGAGAUACUGCAGGUUUUGCAAUUUCGGCAAGCCCAAAGCGCCUGGGCCGGCGGGAAAGGUUGUCAAAAUCCGUAUAUGCACACGGAGCUGCCCUCCCCGUUCCUCGCCAAGUUUGACUCGUUCCGGUCGUGGCGAAUGGACAUCGACAAGAGGCUGUACGAGUGGAAUAACUCGGCGCCGAAGAAAGAAGACACCGGCGUGGCCUUCUUGACCGACUUCCUGCAUCUCAACUAUUGGCAGGCUAUCAUCAUGUUGUACAGGCAGAGCCUGAGCGUGCCGACCGUCUUUGAGGGCGAGUACGACACGGCCAAGGAGGUAAACAGCCCUGUGGUUUACAACGCAGAGCUUAGCGGGGACGAGGACCGGGUGUAUCUCAAGGUCGCUGAGGCCGGCCAGAAGAUUCUGAGACUGUAUCGCCAGCUGCAUCUGGUGGGCGUUGUGAACUACACCUACCUGACGACGCACCAUCUGUUUGUGGCGGGGAUAUCGUACCUCUACGCGAUUUGGCAUUCUCCCAUCGUUAGGAGCCGGCUGUCUAUGGACGAAGUGGAUUUCACUAUUCUCGCAGCGACAUCCGUCUUUACGGAUUUCAUGGACAAAUGCCCACCAGCCGAGGCGUGCCGAGACGCAUUUGACCGGACAGUCAAGGCCACGCUCAAGAUGGUCAACGCCUCCGGCGGCUUCGGCCAACAAUACCAACCAGCACACAGCAACGUAUCUUCCGGCUCAAGAACCAUGCUUGACCACAGCCGACUCAACCGGAGUAUGAGAAGAGAGAACGCGCCCAUGUUGAACAAGCCUCACCACAAACGCCACUUCCGCGGCUCGCCAUCGGUCGACCAAACCCCCACCACACUGUCGGACGCAUACUCCAACAACCCUUCAUUGCUAACCGCCUUCCAAAAGGGGGCACAGUACCGCCUCCCCAGCGGCCCCACCGUGAAAGUCGAGCAAGACACCUACACCCACAUGCGCAACCUCUCCGUCCCGCCCCGAAUCGGCGCCAGCCCCACCGAAAACACCAUCACCACCACCAACCCGCUCACCCCCGAAGCAGCAGCAGCAGCGGCGACCGUCGACCAACAGAUGAUGCCGUCCCCCGCAGCCAUGCAACAACAGCAACAACAACGCCCCACCCCGCCGGCCGCACAACUCAGCCCCCAAAUGGCAGAGCUGCUGAACCAAACACCACCACCCCCGCCGGCGGGUUUCCUCUCUCCGCAACCACGACAACAGCAGCCACCGCAGCAGCAGCAGCAGCAGCAGCAGUUCAGCCCGGGGGCGAUGUCGUUCAGCGAAUUGCAGGGCUUGGAGUUCUUGCAGAAUCUCAGCCCUUCUUCUGCUGCCAUCAACAACGCUGAUAGCAACACCGGUGCGGUUGGAGGUGGUGGUGGUGGUGCUGGCGGUAGUGAUAGCAUAGGGGGGCUGGAUGCGGUUGACUUCAGUGGCCUGGCCGACACGCAUAUGGAUCUGGGGUUUGGGCUCGGCUGGGAGGGGCUGCAUCACGAUUUUAAUGAUGGUCAGCAGCUGGAUUUGUUUGAUGGGUUCUUUUUCGGUGGGGGGCCGCAGCAGGGUGGUGCUGGGGGAGGGGGAGGGGGGCUUUGA